AUGGCUACUCUGAGGAUUUAUCAUAGUUCAGAGCAGUUCCUACUUCCUUUAAUGUACUGUUACACAGAGAGAGGUGUCAAUAGUUCAUCUCAACCAGAUGCUGCUGAACCUUUCAAGUCGACUGCAUUGUUUGUCAAGAGAAGAGGAAACGUCCAAAAGACUACAGGUGUUGUUGUCAAGCCUAUUGUUUCCAACAAAUUCUACUCUCAUGGUCAAGUUGAUCUUGUCAACAUGCAGUCAUCCCCACAAGACCAGCUCAAGUGGAUCAUGGUUUACCAGUGUCACCUCACAAAGUUUGUUAUCCUGAGGCCCCUGUCUUGCAAGAGAGCUGCUGAAGUUGCCUUUCAACUGAUGGAUAUAUUCCUCCUCUUCGGUGCACAAGCCAUCCUUCAGAGUGACAACGGCUUAGAAUUCCUAGCCCAAGUCAUCACAGAGCUAAAAGAGUUGUGGCCACAGUUCAUCAUGGUUCAUGGCAAGCCCAGACAUCCCCAAAGCCAGGGUUCUGUUUAA